UCUGCAGGUGAGUCUGGAGGGAGUUGGGCUGGGGGGUGAGACUGGGUUUGUGGGAUCAUCCCCCCCCCCCCCACCUCAGGAUGCUGCUACCAGGCAAGAUCCUGCCUGGCUCCAGUGGUGCUUGGAGCAGAGGUUGGAGACGGGCGCUGAUGUUUGGGUGAUGUUUUUUGGGGCACAGAGGUGUGCAGGGCAUGGGGUGGAGGGAGCUGGUGGGGGGCUGAGAACAGCAAGAAGUAGUGAUGGAGGGCUUUUGUCCACGGGGGUGUCGCCCAUGGGGGCAUCACCCGGCUGAGUUUGGGGAAACUAAAAGAGCCUCCGUGGGCUGCCUGGUGUAGCCAGCACAUCACACCUGGAGCAGGGUGCUUGCUGGGAUGCUCAUGCUCAUGCUCGUGCCCCUCACGUGCCCCAGCUGCUGGGAUGUGACAGAGGCAGUGGCCCCGAUGAUGCAGUCCUGAGUCAUGCCCCAGGCUGCAGGUGAUGGCUGGGACACAGAGAUAGAAGUAGAGCGAGCCCAGCCCUGUGGGUCCCUGAGGGGUGUUUGUGGCACUGCACCCAGCCCUAAAAAGCCCCGACCCUGUCCUCAUCCCAUCCCCAUCCCAUCCCCAGGCUCAGCACCAGCGAUGGCAACGCUCUACCCCUCACUGGAGGACAUGAAGGGCCACCAGGUCCUGCAGGCACAGGCAGCUGCUGGGAUUGGCACCCCUGCCACCACAGUGCUCACUGAGAAGCCAAAGCUCCUGGAGAAGCCGAAGGUCACCUCUAGCAUCGUGCCCUCAGCACCACCCGCGCUGUACCCCAACCUGGCCGAGCUGGAGGAUUACAUGGGGCUGGUGCUCUCCAGCGAAGAGAUCCAGAAAAACCUCUUCCCAGAUAACAGCACUGCGCUGACUCCCGUCGGGUCUCUGCCGGGACAGCUGGUUGCCCCACUGAGUGGGAACAAUGCGGGUCUGCGGCGGGCGGAGAUCAAACCAGGUGUGCGAGAGAUCCACCUCUGCAAGGACGAGCGGGGCAAGACGGGGCUGCAGCUGAAAUGCAUCGACCAGGGCAUCUUCGUGCAGCUGGUGAAGGCCAACUCUCCGGCGGCGCUGGUGGGGCUGCGCUUUGGUGACCAGAUCCUGCAGAUCGAUGGCAAGAACUGUGCAGGUUGGAGCAGCGACAAGGCGCAUCGGGCUCUGAAGAAGGCAUCCCCUGAGAAGAUUGUCAUGGUGGUGAGGGACAGACCGUUCCAGCGCACUGUCACCAUGCACAAGGACAGCAAUGGGCAUGUGGGCGUCGUGCUGAAGAAGGGGAAAAUCGUGUCGCUGGCCAAGGACAGCUCUGCUGCCCGCAAUGGGCUCCUGACACACCACUACAUCUGCGAGGUCAAUGGUCAGAACGUCAUCGGCAUGAAGGACAAACAGCUGAUGCAGGUGCUGGCGGGCGCAGGGAAUAUCAUCACUCUGACCAUCAUCCCUGCUGUCAUCUAUGAGCACAUGGUGAAACGGCUGUCACCGGGACAGAUGAAGUCAUCCAUGGACCACUCCAUUCCCGACCUCUGAUGCCAUCCCUGCUGCUCUAACACCUGGGGGCAGACGCCAAUGUGGGCACCCCCAUGGCCAAGCCUGGAAGAGGGGAGAGAACUCAAAGGAAAUGCUGGAGAUACCCCUUCAGCUCCCCCAAAAAGAACCCAGGGGAGCUACUGGCACGACACCAUCCCAUGUCCCCCAGCUCUCGGCACACGGACCAGGGUUGGGGGAUGUGCUCCUGCCCCCAGUGCCUCUCCUUGUCCCCCCCGUGCCCUCCAUAUCCACCCCAGGGCAGACGCCAAAGGCCGUCUCCAGCCAAGCAGACACAGACCCAGCGACGUUUAUUACAUCCACCGCAGUACAGGACAGCGGAAACGAGAGAAGAGAGGGGGGAGAGGUUUACAGCUUUGUCAGGUUUUUUUUUUUUUUUUUCUUUUUUUUUCCACUUCUGUAUUUAAAAAAUAUAUUAUAUAGAUUUGUCUUUCAAAUAUAACGUUACAUUUAUUUCUUGGCUAAGCUUUGGAUAGUCGGACAGACGCGUACACGGAUCCACGAAUACAUUGCACGAGAGGUUAUAGCCCAGGGCUGCUCGCUCCGACCGCUGCUCCCCAAACACUGCAUGCAGUGCCAGCCCCCACCCCACGGAUAUGGGGGGCUGGGAGGGCACAGCGUCCUGUGGUGAGGGGGGGGGACACCGUUGCUUCAAGUCACGAGGAAGCUGCAGACAUUCGCGGUGGGGGCCAGGACCCCUCGGUACACCCGGGGGCCGCCCCUGCUGACCAAUCUUUGCUGUCUUUGCUUUUCCAAUAAAAUAAAUAAAUAUCCUCCCCCUCCC